CUGCACGUGGACUCUGUUGCCACAUGCACGACUCCAGCUUUCUUAUUAAAAACACUACUGUCAAUAUCCCAUUUUGCAAUGGAGGCCUUUAACCAGAUGUUACUACAAUACCCGCCAUUAAUAGUCGGUGGCGUCGGAGCGCUGAUCUACAAACUUACAACCAGGAAGAAACCAACUCAUGUCAAAGUGAAUUGUUGGUUCUGCAAUCAGGACACAGUGGUACCAUAUGGGAACAGAAACUGUUGGGAUUGCCCAUACUGUGAACAGUAUAAUGGGUUUCAAGAGAAUGGGGAUUACAACAAACCCAUCCCUGCUCAAUACAUGGAGCAUCUCAACCAUGGAGUUUCGGCUGGCGUUUCUGAGUCACCUAAAACUCUGCAGUGGGUCAACUGCCAGAUGCUUUUGUGCAGGAAGUGCAACAACAACCAGAUGCUCAAGAUUAAGCAGCUGGCCUCGUUCAUCCCCAGGGAUGAUGAAAACUAUGAUGAAGAGAUCGAGGUGUAUAAGCAUCACCUCGAGCAGACCUACAAGUUGUGCAGGCCAUGCCAGUCUGCAGUGGAGUACUAUAUAAAACAUCAGAACCGACAGCUGCGAGCUCUGCUCUUCAAUCACCAACUCAAACGUAGUUGGGAUGCUGAUAAGGCUUUCGUUAAGAACACCUACACCCUCACCACACCAGCCUGGUCGAUCUUCCCUCGAGUCCUUGCCUUUUUCACCUGUGCCUUCUUGGUAGCUGUUGCUUUGUCUGGAUCUGGAGAUCCAGAGGUGUCAUUCAAGGUCAUGCAGCCCUUAAGCGGAGGAGUUACCCCGCCCAAAAACCCCCUUAAAAAUGGCAGCGAAACCAAGGCCAAUGAGAGCACCAAGAUGUGGGCCAAUUUUGUGGGUCUUCUACCAGAAGAGGCCGUGAAGAACACCAUGCUAGUGUGGAAGUCUGGAAGUGAUAACCAGAUGGCUGUGGCCUCUGUUGGUUUCCUGACUUGCAUCACAGCUGUCUUAAUGUCUGGACCUGUCAGGAGGAUUGAUGCAGUGGCCUCGGUGCUGUGGCUCCUGGUGAUAGGCUUCUACCUGGCUGAAUUUUACCUGAAGACAGACAUCCCAGACUGGUUGGAAACGGUCAAAUUUGGCAUCAUAUCUGUGUGUUGUCUGGUGGGAUUCACUACUGCUGUGGCAACACGCAAAUCUACGAGUCAGAGAAGAGCCAGAGUUCGCAGGUACCUGUCUGGCUUUUCGUCUGAGCUAUACUACAGCAAUCACUCUCCUCUGUCUGCACCUGUGUCUGGAUCCUCUACCUUCAUCCUCACACCUCCCCAAAACCUGUCACAGCUGCUCAUCCGCCAACAAAGCCACAGAACACGAAAGGUCCCGCCCUCCUCGUUGCCUGGCCGACUCAACAGGGCCCUCUCUCUGGGAACGAUCCCCUCCCUAACACGAGCAGAUUCAGGCUUCCUGUUCAGUGGAAGUAGACCUUCACAAUGCAAAGACUCUCCACCUUCAGACUACUUCUCCCUAAAAUCUGGAAGCCGGCCCUCCUCUCCUGGACCGUCUACAACCCCUUCUGUGGCUAGUUCAGUCACCUCCACCUCCAGCUCUGCCAGGCAGCGUCGGCCGCUCAUCAGCCCAGCGAGACUCAACAUCAGUGGGCAAAAGCUGCAGCUUUUUUCCUCUCCUCUGGAGGCUUUAAGUUUUCCCUCACCGCCUCCCUUUCUGUCUGAGCAAAGCCAUGUGCAGAGCGGAGGAUUUUUGCCUGUUGUUCCACACUUUCAUUCACUCAGUCAAGGUUCACUGAUUGAUGAAGGCAGUGUAUUUGAGCAUGUGGAGAAGAGAAAGGGCAGCUCCUCUGUGUCUUCAAACUGCCAUGUAGACACAACCACUGGAAAUGGAUCUGACAGCAAGUCUGAAUGGAAUGGUUUCCUGGGCCUGUCCCUUUGGCCUGGUCUACUGUUCACAAGCCUGACUAUCAACCUAACCUUCAUCUGCUUCUAUUUAUAUUACAAUUGGAGAUGAAAAUGUGGGUCAGAACUGAGGAGUCAGAGGUCACAACAGAGGUCAAACUCAUCUGUGAUGUAUGCUGAUCUUUGUCCCCUGUGUACUUUGUAAAUCUGGGUUCUUUAACAGGAAAUACAUGGGGAACAUUGAUCUUGUGUGAUGAUUUCAAAAAUGUUUUGCUGCUGUACAGUUUCUGAGAUACAAAGGCUGCUUACUGGCUUUGUGCCUGGUCAUGUAAUGAGACGACCUUGUUCUCUUAAGUUCUGUAAAAUUCACAAAUACAGAGAUUCUCUAUUUAUGCAGCGAAGUACAGUGUGAGCUUUGUAAAACAUGUUUUUUGUGCAUGUUCAAUCAUCAUUUGUACUUUUAAACACUGGAUGUGUAUGAGAAUGAAUGAGCAUGCCAUGUUUAUUUAAUAGAAUGAUGUUUGUUGGGCACAUGGUAUAUCUUUAUUAAACGUACAUCUGGCUGUUCUUUGCCAGAUACUGGUGUACACAGAGUAUUUUUGUAUGUCCUGCUUCCUCAAAGGAUAAUGCCAUUUUCUCAAAAUGAUUUGAGAUUAUAAAUUGCAGUAUAUUUGUGCUGAUCUACUAAUGUCAACAACCAUGACACUGAAAAACAUAUUGAUUAAAAAAAUAUCCAUAGAGCAGAUUCCUAUUUUAUUACUGACUCAGGCUUUGUAUUAUGAUAUAAAAUAGGAUAACAUUGAUGUUUUGUAAAACAAAUUAUGGCGUUUCAAUUACCAGAUUGAAAUAAAUCUUCAUUGUAAUAGUUAUAUGAUGUUUUGGUGUCUUCUGUGUGGCAUAAAUCAAACCUACACUGAAAUACACUGUUUCAAUGAAAUAUUACAUGCAAAAAUUAUCAUUUAAACUCUAAGCUGAGUGUAUUGAUGUUGCAACCAUCUUAUUUAAAUCGUUUCUUUUUUUGUGUCUUUUUCAUUUGUUAAACUAAACUAUGUAGUGUUUCUAUAGUGUUUCAAGGUAAAAGAUCAUGUAUUGUUAAUGUCAAUGAAAUACCAUGACAGAACUGUGUACAUUAAAUGUGCCAUCUUAAUGUGAUAUAUUAAUAUAUCCAUUUAACAUUGCUGACAAUUUAUCUGUACUUUU